UUCAUUUUACGGAGUUCAUUACUCUUUGUUGUGAAAAUUCGUGAAGUUGUUUUCGCGAAAAAAGAUCCGUAAUUCCAGUGAUAUUUUAUAUUCGUAUAGCUACUAAAACAUGAGCAGCUUUUUCUGAAACUGACGAUCAAUCGAUUUCCUGCAAGAAAUCGUCGAUGCGUCUACCAGAAAGUCGUUUUUACGUGGAGCAAAUUUAAGCAGCUGAACGAAAACCAACAAAAUCGCUGCUGGAGAAAAAUAAGAUGGCCUAUUCCAGCCACAUCAGCGACAUCGUCAAUCUGAAUGUUGGUGGGACCAGAUUUUCCACAUCUCGUCAAACUCUGACGUGGGUUCCGGAUACGUUUUUCACUUCACUGCUCAAUUCCGAACGUAACGGACGGAUCUCAAGCCUGCGCGAUGAAACCGACGCCAUUUUCAUCGAUCGGGACCCCAAACUGUUCUCGAUAAUCCUCAACUACUUGCGAACCAAGGAAAUUGACAUUAAAUCAUGCGAAAUUCGAGUGCUACGCCACGAAGCUGAAUUUUACAACAUAUCUCCACUAAUCAAGCGACUCAUGCUUUGCGAAGAGAUGGAUCAGUCUAGUUGUGGAGACGUGCUCUUUUACGGUUACCUCCCUGCUCCAAAUAUUCCUAUCCAGGAAGUUGCACUGCCUUCAUCGUCGACCAGUUCUGUAAGUUGCGUAACGGCGUGUAAUACCUCAUCGAAUGGAUCGGCUCAGUCAGCCGGCCAGCCAAAAUCGCAAACCGACUCGUUUCCUUCAAUUUCCUCGCAACCAGCUCUAUCGGCUGCUCAGCAACCAGUGCCCGGUCCAUCAGCUGCAACUUCGGGUGGUGGGCUGUGUCAUUCGUCUUCUAAUCCACGCCCAGGUUCGAUGGUACGUGUUCCAGAGUUUUCACAGAGCUCCGGAUCAUCGGGUAGUAGUGCUGGCGGAGCUAGCGGAUCGCGCCAUGCUGGUCAUUCUCGAAAUUCUUCGUGGGAUCUUCGGGUGUCGUACAGUGGCAAUGGAAGGAACUCCCAGUGGGUUCCAGGACAUUCUCGUACCGCUUCAUUAGAUAUGAUGAGGCAUCAUUCUCGAAAUUCUUCCGUUGAUCUGAACAAAUACAUCCGAAAUGAUGUUGGUCUUGUGUUUGGACCGAGCCAAUCAUCCGGUUGGGCAGAUCCGAUGCGGGUUCAAAUUAUUAAAGCUCACCACAACUGGAUAUUGGUUGCAUAUGCUCAUUUUGUUACCUGCUACCGACUGAAGGACUCCUGCGGGUGGCAGCAGAUUUUCGUAUCUCCGUACGUCGAGCACACUAUCGAAAGAAUUGCAAUCAAUGCAAAAAUGGGCCUGGCAACGUCGGCUGGCGAACAGUCGCACAGCAAAAUGGUAGCAAUCUCGUACGGCAGUCAGAUUCGGCUGUGGGGAAUCUCGGAGGAUGGAAGCAAGAGCGAUGUGGGCAUCUUCAAUUUGAAUGUUCGUGUUGAGUAUCUGUUCUUCAUCGGCAGCCAGCUGGUGGCGCUUUCGUCGUCUGGCAAAAUCGGCGUCUGGCACGCGAUGACCCAGCACUGGCAGAUACAGGAUCUGGUUCCGAUUCUCUCGUUUGAUACGGCCGGCUCGUUCCUGUUGCUUGGCUGCAACAAUGGCUCGAUUUACUACAUCGAUAUGCAAAAGUUUCCACUUCGCAUGAAGGACAACGAUCUGCUUGUUACUGAACUGUACAAAGAUCCGUCAAAUGAUUCCAUCACGGCCAUUUCGGUUUACCUGACACCGAAGACUACGACACCAGGAGAUAAAGAAGGUCUUUCCGGAAAUUGGAUCGAAAUCGCAUACGGCACCAAGUCCGGUUCAGUGCGAGUGAUCGUUCAGCAUCCGGAAACCGUCGGUCACGGGCCCCAGCUGUUCCAGACGUUCACCGUGCACCAGAGCUCGGUCACGAAGGUUACCCUGUCGGAAAAGUUUCUCAUCUCGGUGUGCAGCGAGUACAAUCACGUCCGUACCUGGCAGGUCACACGAUUCCGCGGCAUGAUCUCAACCCAGCCUGGAUCGACACCGGAGGCUUCGUUCAAGAUCGUUUCCCUCGAAGCUGUCGAUUCUACCUACAGCUAUUCUGCCGGUAACGAUUUUGGCCCCUUCGGUGAACAGGAUGACGAGCAAAUUUUCGUACAGAAAGUAGUUCCGGACACGGACCAGUUGUACGUGCGGCUCGCGUCCAACGGUGAACGCGUCUGUCUGAUACGGUCCGUCGAUGGAACCACGGUUACGUCGUUCUGCGUCCACGAGUGCGAAGGAUCAUCACGGAUGGGUUCGCGACCACGUCGAUUUAUUCUCUCCGGCCAUUGUAAUGGUGCAAUUCAGAUGUGGGAUCUCACGACGGCGCUGGAAAUUUUUAAAAAGAAAGAUCAGCAUAAAAAACUAAUAGGAGGACCGACAGCGGAUGAACUGAUUCGGUUGUUGGACCAAUGUGAUCUUAGCAACAGCCACUGUUCGACACCAUGCAUGUCGCCGUGCCCUUCUGCGGUCUCGAUUGGGGCGGCCACCGUUGCUAGACUGAAACCGUUCAAUGUCGCGUUUCUGAACCAGUCAGCAGCAGCCGCCGCAGGAGCAGCAGGACCUUGCUGUGGUAUCCCGAACCCGGAACAACCGAACUGAUCAACGCUAAGACGACGUAGAGGCAUUUGAAAGUGGUUAUGCUGUUAUCUGCAACUGUAGACAUUUGACAGACAAAAAUUCAUCUCCUUAUUAUCCUGAGUAUAGUUUAACGAUGAAAGAUAAUUCAUACGUAUAUAUUCUCUUAUUGUGAUUUUAUUCUUAUAACGGUUGGAAAUAGUUCAUCACUAGACCGUUUGCUCCACCAUGGUAGAGCGAUUCUAACUAUCAACGUUAAGAAAAGUUGUUUUGAACUAUACGCAUUCAACAGUACUAUAAACAAUAGCUAUGACAUUACUAGAUAUUUAAAAUUUUAGCAAAUUCAAUAUGUAGAAAAAGAAAUAUAUUUUUAUUGAAAUGUAGUUUAAAACUACAA